CUCGCGACCCGAACCGAGAAAAACAUCUACUGUACCAACCCGAUUGAUUAUCAGAAUACCAGGCGAGUUUACCCACAGACACAGACACAGAGACACCAACCAACAACAAUGGCUUCACCCACCACAGAUGAAAAGCAAAGUCCUGCUAAGAGAGUUGCCGUUGUUGGUGCCGGUGUCAGUGGGCUUGCUGCUGCCUAUAAGUUAAAGGUACACGGAUUGAAUGUGACUGUAUUUGAAGCUGAUGGGAGAGCAGGAGGGAAACUAAGAAGCAUUUCACAAGAUGGUUUGAUUUGGGAUGAGGGUGCCAAUACUAUGACUGAAAGUGAGGCAGAUGUCAGCAGUUUGCUUGAUGAUCUUGGGCUUCGAGAUAAACAACAGUUUCCACUUUCACAGCACAAGCGUUAUAUUGUAAGAAAUGGACAACCUGUGCUGAUACCUUCUAACCCAAUUGCACUAAUCCAAAGCAGUUUUCUUUCCACUCAAUCAAAGUUCCAAAUUCUUCUAGAGCCAAUGUUGUGGAAGAAAAAUACGUCCGACCCUCAAGAAAGUGUUGCAGGAUUCUUUCAGCGUCAUUUUGGGAAGGAGGUUGUUGAGUAUCUGAUUGACCCCGUCGUAGCGGGAACAAGUGCUGCAGAUCCCGAAUCACUUUCUAUGCGUCAUGCAUUUCCUGAGCUAUGGGAACUAGAGAAGAAGUUUGGUUCCAUCAUUUCUGGAGCUGUUCAGUCUAUGUUCACUUCAAGAAGUGGGAAAAAGAGUCCUCCUUCAAACAGCAAGCGUAGGCGUAGGCGUGGUUCUUUUUCAUUUUUGGGGGGAAUGCAGACACUCACGAAUGCACUGUGUAAAGAGGUUGGAGAAGGUGAGCUUAAUCUCCGAUCAAAAGUGCUUGAAAUGUCGUAUAGCUGUGAUGAGGGGUCAAGAGUUGGGAACUGGUCAAUUUAUUGUGGUCCAGAUGAAGAAAACAAACAGCAGUCUUUUGAUGCUGUAAUCAUGACAGCUCCACUUGGAAAUGUGAAAGAAAUGAAGAUUACAAAAAGAGGAAAUCCUUUUCUGCUCAAUUUCAUACCAGAGGUGAGUUAUAUGCCAGUUUCGGUCGUAAUUUCGACGUUCAAAAAGGAGAACGUGAAGCGGGCAGUUGAAGGAUUUGGAGUUCUUGUUCCUGGCAAGGAGCAGGAAAAUGGGUUAAAGACACUAGGCACUCUUUUUUGUUCCAUGAUGUUUCCAGAUCGUGCCCCUCAAGACUUGUAUCUUUAUACCACUUUUGUUGGAGGGAGCCGAAAUCCACAAAUGGCCAAAGCCUCCAGUGAUGAUAAUGGGCAAUAUAUAUGUAUGUAUGUACUGCUGUACUGUAAUGAUAGGGAUGAGCUGAAGCAGAUAGUAACUUCCGACCUCAGACAGUUGCUUGGUGCAGAGGGGGAGCCAAACUUUUUGACGUAUACACUAUUACUGGAGCAAGGCAUUUCCGUUGUAUGGGCACAACUAUGGUUUGGUUAUAGAUGCAAUUCAGAAGAUGGAAAAAGAGCUACCUGGAUACUUUUAUGCAGGUAACCACAAAGGAGGGAUCUCUGUUGGGAAAGCCAUAUCAUCUGGAUGCAAAGCGGCUGAAUCCGUGAUUUCGUAUUUGGAUUCUUAUUCAGUUGACAGUUAAGAUAAAUGCUGUAUUAAUUAUUAAUUAAUUACUCCUAAGUCCUAAGUAGUAUUAACCACUCCACCUUUAAAAACUAAUUAAUUACUAUUAAUCACAAUUUACACUUUCACUUUUCA